GCGGAAGUUGUCAUUCUAACCGCUUCCUACUUCCUGCGUCAAAACAUUCCGGUGUGUCUAUGCGGCUUUAACGGCGCUUUUCGGAUUUUAUGAGUGAUUAUGGCUGCGAACAGCAGCACCGGUUCGGCUACGGAGCCUCCGGGACUGGAGACCCAGUGGCGGGAGAUCGACAACCUGAACCAGCAGCAGCUCCGGGCCGGAGACAGCUGGUAUUUGUUGGACAAGAGGUGGUAUGAUCAGUGGAAAGAGUAUGUGCACACCGGGGACCAAAAUUCUUCCUCCUAUCCCGGGAAAAUUGAUAACACUGAGCUCUAUGAAGAUCUGGAUUCCUACCAUCUUAAAGAGAGGCUGACAGAGAAUGAGGACUUUAUCCUGGUCCCAGCAGAAGCCUGGCAUAAACUCUUGUCGUGGUAUGACAUGAUGGACGAUCAGCCUCCUUUGGAGAGAAAGGUUGUUGAUCUUCCCAGCACUGUUAAAGUAGAGGUCUAUCCUGUGGAGGUCUACCUCUGUCUUUCUAGCAACCUGGAGAGCACUGUUUCUGCACGCUUCAGUCGAGCAGACAAGAUACACGCUAUACAUCAAAAGAUACGGCAGCAUUUUAAUGUAUCAGAGACUGCUGAGAGCCGACUGUGGAUGCGGAGCACGGAUACGAGCUCAGAGAGGCUACGCAACCUUAACAUGACUGUCCUAGACACCUGCCUCAGCUCUGGCAUGACGGUGAUUAUGGAGAUCAGGAAUGCGGAUGGUACGUGGCCCACAUCCAGGCCUCAGAUCAUGCGGAACUCUGCUGAUGAGGACUCGUAUCAAGGGCCUCCUGGAGUGUGUGGCCUCACAAACCUAGGCAACACCUGCUUCAUGAACUCAGCUUUACAGUGUCUAAGUAACACGCCACCACUGACUGAGUACUUUCUGAAGAACUCAUAUCUGGAGGAGCUGAACUUCACCAACCCUCUGGGCAUGAAGGGUGAAAUUGCAGAAGCUUACGCAGACGUCAUCAAACAGAUGUGGUCAGGCAGGCACUAUUCUGUGGUUCCUCGGGUAUUUAAGACUAAGGUCGGCCACUUUGCGUCACAGUUUCUGGGCUACCAGCAACACGACUCUCAGGAGCUGCUGUCUUUCCUGUUGGACGGUCUACAUGAAGACCUAAACCGGGUCAAAAAGAAGGAGUAUAUUGAACUCAGGGAUGCUGAUGGCAGACCUGACCAGGAAGUGGCUGAGGAAGCAUGGCACAACCAUUUGCGGCGGAACGAUUCGGUCAUCGUCGACACAUUCCACGGGUUGUUUAAGUCCACUCUGGUGUGUCCCGAGUGCAACAAGGUCUCUGUGACCUUCGACCCCUUCUGCUAUUUGAGCGUGCCCUUACCUGUUAGUAAGGAGAGGGUCAUGGAGGUCUUCUAUGUGUCACUGGAUCCCACGGCCAAACCCACCCAGUAUCGUCUGAUUGUCCCUAAAGCUGGCCGGGUGAUUGACUUGUGCGCUGCCCUCUCUCAGGCAACAGGCAUCCCUCCCAACCAGAUGGCUGUGGCUGAUGUUUUCAAUCACCGCUUCUACAGGAUUUACCAAACUGAUGAAUUCUUAAGCUGUAUAUUGGACCGGGACGAUAUAUUUGUGUAUCAGCUGAGCAGUGGUUGUGUGGAUCAGGAUGGUGAGGAGGUGGUUAUGGCCAUCUACAUGCGUGAACGCUCCCAUUACAGAGAUUACGGCUCGGGCAGCAACAGUUACGGCACCUCCCUGUUCGGUCACCCGCUGCUGAUGUCUAUGCCACGCGCCCAGUGCACAAGGGAAGCUCUUUACCAGCUCCUCCUGAAAAGACUGGCGCGAUAUGUCCGUCCACUAGACCCUUCAGAAGAAGUAGAGGAGGAAGAAGAAGAUGAGGAAGAGUUGUACAAGGCACAGACCAAUGGAGUUAGUGAUGAUGAAGGUGAGGAAGACUCUGAGGAGGCGGGGCCAUCCAAGAAAGAGGAAGAGACUCAAGAAAGCAGUCAGAACGAAGAGCAGAACAACUGUCAAUCAGAAGCCAGCCCGAGCAGCGAGGGGGAGGAGAGAGCUGAGGAGGAGGAGUCGAGCAGCGAACCGGACCGGGGCAGCAGUACGGAGGAGGGCCAAUCAGCAUGCGGCAGCACUGACACCAACUCCCAAGACGCCACUGACGGGGACCAAAGUGCUGGCGCGGAACCUUCGGGAAAAGAGGAAGAGGACGAAGAGGAGCCUGCAUCUUGCGCGCAGGCAAAUAAGAGGCUUCCGGGAAGACGGCACUACACCGAGAGGCGGAAAAAAGCCCUCUUUACCAUGCAGGCGGUCAACUCUAAUGGUACCACGGAGCGAGGGAUGGGAGAGGCGGAUGGCAGCUUCUCUUUCAGCUCUCAGCCAUAUAUCGCCAUCGACUGGGACCCUGACAUGAAGAAGAAGUACUACAAUGAGAAUGAAGCCGAGAAAUAUAUAAAGCAUCAGAGCAUGGACGUCCCUCACCAGCAAACCACAGUGCAGCUGCAGGAAUGUAUAGAGCUCUUUACCACGGUAGAGACACUGGAAGAGGAAAACCCCUGGUAUUGUCCGACAUGUAAAAAGCAUCAGCUUGCCACUAAGAUAUUGGAUCUGUGGUCUUUGCCGGAGGUUCUUAUCAUCCAUUUAAAGCGUUUCUCCUACACAAAAUACUCUCGAGAGAAACUGGAUACCAUCGUGGAGUUCCCCCUGCGGGAUCUAGACUUCUCAGGUUUCCUCCUAAAGAAGACAGUGAACAGUACUGAACCUCCCUGUAGAUAUGACCUGAUCGCUGUGUCGAACCACUACGGCGGACUCCGAGACGGUCACUAUACUAGUUAUGCCCGGAACAAGGAUAAUGGUCAGUGGUAUUACUUUGACGACAGCAAGGUGACCUAUGCAAGGGAGGAACAAAUAGUGACCAGUGCCGCCUACCUCCUGUUCUACCAGCGCCAAGACAAGAUCCGCCAUCCCACCAUCCCUCCACCCAUACCCUCCUCCACCCAGCCAGAGAACCACGUCUCAUCCCAGACCUGUGAUGGCAUGGAUGGAGCCGCUUCCUGUGUCAGCAUGGAGACGGACUGAUUUCUGUCCUUUUGUCUUUUACACGUUCCACUUCAUUCUUUCUCACUCUUAUCACUUCCAUCUUUCUGGCAUACUGUCGAUCGUCUUAAUCAACAGAAACUUGAACCUCCGCCUCUGCUCUGACAGGAAGUGCGAGGCUGGGGCAACUCUCUCAGGCUGGUGCACGAGCAUCAUGGGGUUGGGAAUGCAGAUUUAUGUGGUUUUUUUCUUUAUGACGAACUCAAGGAAACGGGUUAGGCUGGUAGUGGCGGAUUCAGUCGCUUCAAUGACGAUGGGAAUUCAGAGAAUGAGGUUGGCGCUGCAGUUGGUCAUCACUGACGUGUUCUUUAUUUUUUUCUAAGCUUGCUUUUCUGAGCUAGCUCAGCUGCUGUCCACGGUGGUGAUGUUUGAUCUGAACGUACAACCUUCAGCUGCACUGUUUAGCAUCAUGAAUCAGGCCUUCUAUUUAUUCCAUCUCAUUGUUUCAAGCAGCGACAUUCAUCGUGGGCGCUAUUAGCAGGGAUGGUUGGGAUGGGGGUUUCUCGUAUCAGGGACGACAUGUUCAGAAAUGCUGCAAAAGAUGGGUGGAAAAAUAGGUGGAGGUAAAUGAGAAAUAGCUUUCUGUCCACUCACUCGUGAACUAUUUAUUUUCAUAAUUGCUAGAUGCUAAUGUGGAGUGAGAGAUUAUAAAUGUAAAGAGCGGCUUCUGAAGAUCUUCCAUUUUUAUUUUCAUUCUUUUGAUGGUUUUUUCAUCUGUCGUAAGGUCUGGGAAAAGCCACUCUGUUGCAGGACACAAACGGAGGCCUGUUUUCCAGCUUUUUUUUAUUUUUAUCUAAUUGCAAAGAAAUGCACGCCCAGAUUUAAAUAUUCCAUUCUUUUUGACUAGCUGCGUGCAAUUUAUAACAAACUCUUUGGAGCUAUGAGAAUAUUUCAGCAAAGUGCUUUCUGGAUAGAGCUCUUUACGUGAUGAUUUUAAGGCACCUCUGUACAGUAUUUUUGUAUUGUAAUAAAUGUUGUAUUAUCUUUGAUCAUUUGGAUCAGAUGCUGGGGAUGGGGGAGCUUUCAUUUUAUUUUGUUAAUUAUAGAUUGAAUAUAUAAUUGAAUACACAUCUUUUGAUAUGAAUAAAUGCUGACUAUAAAGUCAAGGUUAGAUUGGACACAUUUGACUUCCAUUUACAUUGUUUUACCUCUGAAUAAAAGGACGUGUAGACGUGCAUUCCCUCGGUUCGUACUGAUUGCAUAUUUGAACAUUUCUCAGUUGCUCAUAGUGUUGUAAUUAAUUUGGCCUACUGCGUAAAGAUCUUAUAGAAAAUGCUUUUUCAUUUGCACUUCCCAUUAAGUGACUGCUUUAUUGCGUUCCUCAGAUGAUAAUGGAUACAGUUUAUCGCACUGUUCUUUGAGAGAUGUAUAAACAUAUCACUAUAUGUGGGAGGAGCACUUAAUGCAUUCAGUAUGUUCAAAUGUCUAAUAUAAUAAUAACACAGGUGAAUAUUC